UGAAAAUAAUAAAGAAAAUAAACUUGACCUGGAAAAAAUAGACCCGGAUAGUACAUAUGUACUGACAGUUGAUAAUUUAAUGAAAAUGUUAGCCAUACACAUGAAAUUCAGGUGUGGUAUCCCCGUUGUUAUGAUUGGUGAAACUGGAUGUGGCAAAACACGACUUUUAAGAUACUUGUGUGAAAUACAAGAUAAAGCAUUCAAAGCUAAGACAUUGAUAUGUUUAAAGGUUCAUGGUGGAAUCAAUGCUAAUCGUAUUAAUUCUGAAGUUGAAUCAGCUGCUAAAUUAGCAAUAGAAAACAAAGGAAAGUGUAACUAUACUGUCUUGUUUUUUGAUGAAGUCAACACUACCGAAGCACUGGGGCUAAUUAAAGAAGCUAUAUGUGAUAGGACUCUGAAUGGCAAACCAAUUAUUCCUGAAGAACUGAAGUUUGCUGCUGCUUGCAAUCCUUAUAAAAUCCACGAUGAUGAAACAAUCAAAAAUUUGCAAAAAGCUGGACUGGGAUUUUAUCUAAAAGAUGGAGAAAAAAUUCCAAAAUUAGGUCAACUUCCGUUGCGUAAAUUAGUGUAUCGGGUUCUUCCUCUCCCAGAAAGCAUGUAUCGAUAUGUUUAUGACUUUGGCACUGUCACUGGGAAAACUGAAAAUGAAUACAUUGAGAAAAUAGUUAACAAUCAGCUUUCAGGAUGUAAAUUUAUAACCUCUGAACAUAAAGCUAUACAGAUACUUGUGAAGAGUGUUCUUUGUGAAUGUCAAGCUUUUAUGAGAGAACAAAAAAAUGAAUGCAAAUAUGUCAGUUUGAGAGAUGUUGUUCGAGCAAUGAUCCUUUUAAAAUGGUUUCUGGAGAAAAUGUGUACUGUUAAUAUCAUCAAAAAAAAGCUGACAGAGCAAAUUCUAAAUGAUAAAACAAUUAAUCAAGAUACUUAUCAGGAGUUAAAUGAGAUCACACGUGCAUUGAUAUAUUCUGUCAGUGUUUGCUAUUAUGUGAGACUUACUGAUAGGGAACCCUUUAUUGAGAGAAUAGUAAAAUGUUUUACAAAUGAAUAUGAACUUCCAGGAGAGACUAAUCAAAAAAAGAUCUCUUUUUUUGCAAACGAAAUUAACAGAAUUCAAAAUGUAUUCCUUAAUGCAAUGACUAUUCCUAGUAAUAUUGCUCAUAAUGCUGCUUUACGGGAGAACAUAUUUAUGAUGAUUGUUUGCAUUGAAAACAGAUUACCAUUGUUUAUUGUUGGUAAACCAGGUAGCUCUAAGUCACUAGCAAAAUCAAUAGUUAGUAAUUCAAUGCAAGGACGGUAUUCUUCUAAUGAACUUUUGCAACGUUUAAAGCAAGUUCAAAUCUUUCCUUAUCAAUGUAAUCAAUUUUCUACUACAAAAUCACUGAUUGAUGUUUUUGAAGAGGCAAUGAACUUUCAAAAAAGUCAGGAUGCCACUAAAUUUGCUUCAGUAGUUGUUUUAGAAGAAAUUGGAUUAGCGGAAGAUGCUCCUGGUCUCCCUCUGAAAGUAUUGCAUCCCUAUCUUGAGGAUGGUACUUCUGGAGCUGAUCCUUAUGCUAUGGAUAUAAAACCAGACGAAAGAGUAGCUUUUAUUGGUAUUUCUAACUGGGCCCUCGAUCCAGCUAAAAUGAACAGAGGUAUUAUGGUUGUCAGAUGUUCACCUGAGCCACAAGAACUAACUGAGAGUGCUUGUGGUAUUGCUAACAUGGUAACAGAUGUUAAUUUGAGAAGUGAAUUAACAAUUUCUUUUGAUAUGUUAGCUAAAAUGUAUCAGAAAAUUUGUUUGAAGCAAGAAGAAUGUGAAACCAUGGAAAAAGAUGAAGCUCGGGAAUUUUUUGGUUUACGAGAUUUUUAUACAAUGAUUAAGAUGAUAUGUUGGAAAUGCAUAGACAUAAAAGCUCCACCAAGUCCUAGAGACUAUCGACGUAUUGUAUUGCGUAACUUCAGUGGGCACACCAAAAUCAAUCCAUUGGAAGAGCUACCUAAUCCUGAUUUACUUAUAGAGAUGGAAGGAACAGAGAAUGAAUCUCUUGAAAUUGUUAAAGAAAGUGUCCAGCCACUAGAAAUUAAAGAUGUAAAUGUAACUCUUCCAAAACAGGAAAAUCGAUACUUAUUAUAUAUCACAGAGAAUCAAUCUGCUCUACAAAUACUUCAGUAUAAGCUAUUGCCAAAAAAGGAAAAAUUAUUUGUCUUUUAUGGCAGCAGUUUUCCAAAAGAUACAGAAUACACUCAAGUUUGUGUUAAUAUCAACAAAAUCAAAGUUUUUAUGGAGAAAGGUAUUCCAGUGGUAUUACUGAAUUAUGAACAAAUCUAUGAAAGUCUUUAUGAUGUCCUUAACCAGUGUUACACAGAGCUGCCUACUGGUCGUUAUGUUGAUCUUGGAUUACGAUCGUACAGAAUAAAGUGUCGUGUUGAUCCUAAUUUUCGUCUAAUUAUCAUAGCUGAGAGAGAUCGUGUCUUCAAACAGUUUCCAGCAGCACUCAUUAAUCGCUUAGAAAAACAUUUUGUAGCAUCUAGUACAAUAUUAACACCUCAGCAAAAAGCACUAGCAAUGAAAAUUAGAAAAUGGGUUAAUGAAUUUGCUAAUAUUGAACACAAUGGAAAAAGAUAUUGUGUCUCAGAUUCUUUCAUUGGUUUUCAAGAAGAUACACCUUCCUCUGUUGUUCUUCAUGUUAGCAAUACUAAGGAACAAGAUCAACAGAUAUAUGAUGACAGUAUUGCUCUCCUCCUUCAAACAGCCUCUAUUGAUGCAGUCACUCGCCUAAAAUCAAGCAGUUCUAAAUGCAGCCCUGACACAAAAGAUAAAGCUUUUAGAAUUUUUUUUGAGGAACAACAGCACUUUUCCAUGAUGAAUUUUCUCUCGAAUGUCAUUGAAGAUUUUGAAAAUAAUGGUGCUAUGAUACAAAUUACAACAUUUGGGCCACUAUUGACUCAAAACUACAUUGUUACUCUUAAACAAGAACUUACUAUAAAUAGUAUAAAAUUAUUCCAACUUUCAGACUUUGAUACAGAAAUGGAUUUCUGCAAUGAAAUAAAAGCAUUCUAUGCAUUAAACCAUAAAAAAAAAUUACUGAUUGUUCAGUGUGAAUAUGGAGACAAAAAGACUGAUCUUAUUGCUUGUGCUCGGCAUCGCCUAAUGGAUGAAGGACAGAGAAUAACCAUCAGUGGACCUGGGAUUACAUGUGCUGUAUUUACAAUAUUUAUAAUUCAACUACCUCGAGUAGCUGGUGGAACAUCGUUUGCUUCUUUUCAAGGUGGAUCCUGGAUUUGUACUCAUAUUGAUGAACUGACCUGCCACUCUGGAGUGAAAGAAAUUCUCCAGAGUGCCAUCUCAAAGCCACUUCAUAAAUUCUUUCAUAUGCUCAUUGAGAAAAAAGAUGAAGUGCCUGAUGAAUUUAAUGUCAGUAAGAGAAUCAGAGAUAUUGUUCAAGUUUCAGUGUCGAUGAUUAUUUCCAUUGGCACAUAUAAGCAAAUGGAAUGCUUAAUUGGUUUACUGCUCCAGUUGAUAUCAAAUGAUUUCAGCACAGAAGAUGUUUCAGAUAAUUUUACUAGUUGUCUUCUUUUGAGAAUUGGUGACCUACUUCAACAGAGAGAUUAUCUAAUUCUACAUCCAAAUAAUUGGGCUAUUGAUGCAGCAAUGGAUAGAUCGAAGCUGCAGGCUAGUUUUACUCUUGUUAACUCCAUCAAAAAGGCUAUUGAUACACAAUUACAACCUAUUCUAGCAUAUAUAAUUUCUUGCAUCAACAAAAACAACAAUUUAAUCCUACUGAAAAGUGAAAAUAAAUGCCUUAAAAAACUCUGGACUUCACUUUUUAGUAGUUUGUCUUUCUUACCAUUUGAUUAUGGAACAAUUGUUACAACUACAAUUCAAGCCAUUAAUAUAAAAGGAAGGAGCUACAACUGUAAAUUUCCAUUUUCAUGGGAAAUAAUUGAUCAAGUUAAUGCUGCAUUUGUUACUGUUGGACACAAUGAUGGAAACAAGAAGAAAGCUUUUCAAGACUUGGUUGAAUCAACAAGAAAUCAAGCAUUUGUGAAACAUAUAGAAAAACUUCCUUCUGAUGAUGCAUUGAUAUUUUAUGAUUGCUAUCUUCAUGAUUUUGUUAACAAUUUAGUGCUGCCAUUUAGUGAGGAAGCAAUUGAGAGUGUUCAUGAAAUUUUAUUCGAAGUCUUGAGACAAAUAGUGAUCAAAUUUGAACCCCUGGCUGCUACAAGAGAACACUUUCCACUGAUUAAUGUCAUAACAGCUAUUCAUCUUGCUUAUAGUAUAAUAGAACAAGAAAUAUUUUGGUUAGCUGAAUUGUCUGAAGGUUUCCCUAAAUUACCAUGCCAAAUAAAAGAUAAACAAUUGUUAUCCUCUGGAAAAACAGUAUUUCAUUUUAAAGCUGUAGAAUGUGUUAUUGACAAAAUAUGGCCUGAAAAGCCUGAGUGGAAAGAUGAUGAAUCAGUUAACUAUUUAAUAUUAAACUUCCAUUCCAGCAAAAGUGCAGUUGAAACAAUUUUAUAUUUGAAGGGUCAUGAUGAUAUGAGUAACAAAGUCCUUUUUAAUUUAAGGUCGAGAUGGCAAGGACUAAUGAGCAUAGUAUUAUUUGCUGAGCAUGUUAUAGCUCCUUUUAUGCCUAAUGUAACAUUGACUACAAGCAAGUUUACCUUCUUAAAACGGUUUUCUAAUGUUGUUAAGGUUGUGAAAGAACCUAGCUCUACAUGCAUGUUUUCUGAACCAAAAAUUCUUAAGCAGAGUAUUAGACAAAUUCAAGCUGUUUUGAUUGCAUUGCCAGUCCAAGAACAAGCUAAUUGUCAACUAUGCAAAUCUGUAUUAAAAAUUACUGAAAUUAUUUAUGUUCCUUGUGAUCAGAGUCACAUGUUCUGUGAGAAGUGUUUUAAUGAUUCAAUUGAAAAACGUGGUCCACGCUGUCCUUCAUGUGAUACACCAAUACCUAGAAAGAGAGCAAAAGAUUUUUGUAUUCCUGAUUAUAAAAAGAAAGAGUAUGAACAGUUAAAGCAAGUUCAGCAGUAUUGUUUGGAUUUUUUUAUGGAGUUGGUGUCGCAAUGCUGCUUCUCACCAAUAACUCCAACAAAACCUACUGAUGAUUUUUAUAAAGAAUUACUAACAAUAGUGACAGAUAUUGAACAUAAAGACUACAAAAAUCUCUUUCCAAUUGAAGAAAACUAUACUCACGGUUGUCCUAUAGCUCGUUCUGUAUUGCUGCAACUAUUAUUGGAGCACAAUCCAAAAGAAGUCCAAAUAAAGUUGCAGGAAUAUCAAAAUUACAUUAAAAGAACUUUUGGGAGUGAGUACAUUACUGAUGACAAGGAACUUACACUAUUGUGCAUUAAGUCAUUAGAAGACGGUCUUCAUAAAUCAAGAACAAAAAAAGAAUGUCUAGAUGAUGAGCUCCAGUUUGGAAUAAAGUGUUUAAAUGGAGCAUUGGCUUUGCUAAGAGAUGGUGAUCACUUUAGGGCAUGUCAAGAUAAUCUCUCGGUUGAGUUCAUGCAAUGUAUUGCUAAUGUUCGAUUUGGGAUAUGUUUUGCUGUUGACAUUUUUUAUCACUAUUACUGCUUUGGUUCAGACGAAAGAAAUCAAUUGCCCAGAGUAACAAAAGAAAAGUUACAAGAGCUUUGCAAAUCUAUUCAUGGUAUCAUUGGCAAGGGUGUGCUGAAGGAACCUUAUAAAUUCUUUAUCAAACAAUUUGUGCGACAAUUUGGUUUUCCAUAUCUUAGUGAGCUUGGAAAAUUAAAACAAUUUGAAUGGCUAGAUUUGAAAAAAACUGAGACUUUUGAUGGCUUCAUUGUAUGUGGUAAAGAAUACACUACAUUGAGAGCAAAGUGGAUUUUCACAGCAGAUCUCCUUACAGAAGAUGAUUUAGUUAAUGAUUUGGAAGAACAUGACAGUAAAAGUGUUCUCAAUAAAGUUGCCUCAACUUUAGUAUAUUAUCGGCACAUUGAAUCAAAUACAUCCAAUGCUACUGCAUUGGGACAAAAGGACCUAUUUUUUACCCAUCAAAAAGUGCAAAAACUGCUUUCACAUGUGUUCAACGGUGGUCCAGGAUCACUUGUUACUGGUGUCAUUUUCAAUCCAAGGGAACCAAAAACCACAGACAUAGCUGCAGUUGUUGUGCAUUGGAUUUCUGUUCUUGAAACAAGAAUUGACAAUAGUUUAUUUGGUCCAUUUAAAGAAAUUUUACAUCAAACAGCAAAUUCUAAAGAAAUGUAUUGGCCAACAAUGGAUGAUGACAUACUGGAUAUAGUAGUUGAUGCUACAGCUGGUACUACUGAUACGCAGUGGAAAUGCCCCAAUGGACAUACUUAUUUUGUUCAAAAUUGUGGUAGACAAGUUGUUGGAGAUGUUAAAAAAUGUUUUUGUGGUGCUGAAAUUGGAGGAAAAUCUUACAAUGUACCUAAGGAAGGAAACAUUAAAGUUAAAGAUAGCACUGAACUUACAAAAAAAGGUCACACUCUUGGAAAUCCUAAUUCAAGAACUACUGACCCAUUGCCUCAACGAGAUCUAUCUCCUUUGUCUAACUGUAUUAUCAGACUUUUAAUUAAUGCUACAUGUGUUUGGAUAGCUAGUUCUAUCAACGAAGCAGCAUGCAAAGCUCUUCAAGAUGUUACUUCAGAUCUAACUACUAAUGCUAAACCAAUGGAGCUUUGUUGGUUGUUGAACUACUUCUGGCAUCAUCUUGAAGUAGAUAUACAAACACUGUGUAGAGCUACACAGUACAGCUUUGAUGAUUGCAUCCUAUUUCUUCAUAUAAUUGUACACAACAUGUUAAUAGCCAACUUAGAAACAAAUAUUGACUUUGAUUCUAAACUUUGCUCUCGUAAAGAUAGGAAAAGUUGGGAAAUUAAAUUUAAUCAAAUUGUCAUUAAACCAAACAUUGAAGUACAAACAGAAAGGGGAAAAGAAUAUUUAAUUGGAAAACACAUUGAAAGAGGGAGACAAUUAAUAAUUGAAGAUUCUGACUUAGACCACAGAAAACUGUUAGAGAUGAUUUAUGAAACUGUUCCUGUAAUAAGCAAAAGCAUAAUGCCACACUUGUGGAUCUAUCGACCAUUAAUUACUAUUGACCAUGUCUCUCUCUCUCUUGAAAAUGAUACCAGAUCUGCUGAUCUGAAUGUACUGAGGCAGUUCCUCAAACAGGUCAAACUGCUUGAAGCUUUGACUUGUCUUCCUGAUAUAAUACGAUUACAGCAAUUUUUGUAUGAAAUGUGUCAUCUUCGAAUUGAUAAGACUGAAGUAGAUCAGCCAUUUAACGAAUUUAUUAGAAAAGGAUUUAUAAGAACUCAUAGGCAAAAAAAGUUAUUGGCACAGGCUGAAAGCUUCUGCACUGCUUGGAAUAGUGUCAAAAAUGAGCUACUAAGUUUGAGUAGGAAAGCAUAUUGCAUUCACUGUUUACUUUAAUUGUCUUGUUUAGUGA